AUAGAAAGGGAAUCGAGCAUCGUCCAAAAAAAAACAAAAGAAAAAGGAAAGCAUCAAACGAAAUUUUUCAUUAUCGCGGUCUCUAUAAAAAAACGUAAAAAAUCAGAAGCCAAAAGAUAUUACGAACCCAAAACUGCAAAACGAAAAUGGCGACCGCGAAUCCUGACUCCACCAACAAAUCCACGACGGAUCUAGAGCUUAAGAAGGUAUUCGACCAGUUCGAUUCCAACGGCGACGGGAAGAUCUCGGUUUCCGAGCUCGGAAACGUCUUCAAAUCGAUGGGAACGUCGUACACGGAGACGGAGCUCAACCGCGUAUUGGACGAUAUCGACAUCGAUCGCGACGGCUACAUCAACCUAGAAGAGUUCGCCACCAUCUGCCGCUCAUCCUCCACCGCCGCAGAGAUCCGUGAGGCUUUCGAUCUCUACGAUCAGGACAAAAACGGCUUGAUCUCGUCUUCAGAGAUCCACCAGGUUCUCAAUCGUCUCGGUAUGACCUGCUCCGUCGAGGACUGUGUGAGAAUGAUCGGGCAUGUGGAUUCCGACGGCGACGGAAAUGUCAAUUUCGAGGAAUUUCAGAAGAUGAUGGCGUCACCUGAACUCCUCAACAAGCAAGGAUCCUCCGCCUAGGGUUUCGAGUCGCCCCCUUUUUUUUUUUUUUAAUCUUCCUUUUUUGUUUUUGUUUUGUGUUAUGACUUAUGAGUCUGUGGAUCUAUGGAAAUUUGGUACUUUUUACAUUUCUAGGCUAACAACAAAUCCGAUCUCUUCUUAUAUGGAAUUAUGAGCAAGCUAGCUUCU